GUUACUUUAGUAUCUUCGAAGUCUUCCUAAAUAACGGACGUCCGUGGUCCGUCGCGUCUAAAGCCAAACUCAAAUCCGAAUGAGAGGUGGCAUAUAACAGCUUCACUAAAAGAUAGAACAUAGUGAAUUGAAAAGAAAAAUAAGAGUAACCUUUCCAUUUUAUCUAUUGUAUUCUACGAGCAAAAAAAAUCAAUCUACAUACCAAAAAGAUUGCUCAUUUUUUGCACAUUCGUUUCCGUCAGUCGUCAGCUUCCAGUUUAUACUUCAGCGUCAUCCAACAUCAAGCUAGACGAAACUUAUAGAAUUUAAUGCAAAGAUGGGAACCAAGAUCGAAUACGUAGAUACAUCUCAGUUAUACGCGACAAAGUAUAUUCGAAAUUCUAAGGCGAUAGCGGUAUUGUGGGCGAUUUUUACGAUUUGUUAUGCAAUUAUUGGAAUCGUGGCAUUUGUUACACCUGAAUGGGUUGGUGACCCAGAUAAUGAAAGUGCUGGACGUCUGGGACUAUGGCAGGUUUGUCAAAGAGAAGAAAUAUUUAAUAAUUGUCAGAGACGAUGGGAAGAUAUAAUUGCAGUUCCGGCAUUUUCUUUUCAACUUGCAACAAUAUUUAUGGGCGUUUCAGUGGUGACAGCACUUCUGACAAUUUGCUUCCUGGUGUUUAUGAUUUUUAUGAAAUCAACCAGAGUUUUUCACAUUUGCGGAUGGAUGCAGAUUCUUUCAGCAAUUUGCAUGAUUGUCGCCUGCGUUGCCUUCCCAUUCGGUUGGAACUCGGAUGAAUUCAGGAAAAUCUGUGGACCUGAGGCGAAUCGCUUUGAACUGGGACUUUGUGGAAUCCGAUGGGCUUAUCCAUUAGCAAUAAUUGGUUGCAUUGAUGGUCUUGUUUUAUCAACGUUAGCAUUUAUUCUCGCUACUCGUCAUGUUCGACUUCAACCGGAUCCACUUUAUCAAAAUUCACUCUACAAAGGCGAAAUCAACAAUGCCUACAUAACCGAUGCUGUUAGCUUAGCCGGUUCGAGAAAAUCUCUAAAUCUUCAACCGAUUCUCUUAGUUGCUCCACCACACCACAUGAACAAUGGCGACGAUUCCAUUUCUCAAUUUUCUAGCAGAACUCCAAACCAUCAUCGCUACAAUCGGCCCGAUUAUCAUAAUUCAAUGCAUCAAUUCUGAUAGAUGGCGCUCUAUGAAGAACUCCAUUGAAACAAUACCCCACAAACAUUUUUUGUCGUACUGGUUUGAAUCUCGCAUAAGAAAAUUUUACAAUAAAUUAUUAUUUAAAAGUUUAAAAAAAAAGAAACAGAAACGCUCAAAUUGAUAGUUAGGCGUUGUUGCGUGUGAAUUCAUUUUUGAAUUCAAAAUCCUUCCAACGUUUUUUUAUAUAUUUUUUUUUAUUUGCAAUAUUAAAUUUAUUUUCCUUUACUCUAUACAUUUUUAAUAAUAAAACACUGAACGUAUUAUUAAUAUUUUUACUAUUUUAUUUUUUUUGUACAGUAAUUUUAAAAAAUUGUAUUUAUAUAUCUAUUUUUAUUACAUAUUUUUAUAAAAAGAAAAAAACGUAUUUUGUUAAAAUCGACUUAUUUUAAAUUAU